AUGGCACCACGUCCUUCCCUCAUCACAGGCCCUGCUGACACUCUCUCCUGCUGUUCUGCCCAGGCGGUGUAUCGCUUCCCUGACCAGGUGUGGCACGUGGAGCUCCUCCCGCUCCACCAGCAGCUCUACGUCCUGUGUGCCAAGACUGGCAUCUACUGCCUGUCCCUGGACCAGCAGAGCAGGGUAACGGAGGCGCCAACCGGUGAUGGCGACGGUGACAGCAAAGAGGCCGACGGCCCUGCCAACGUGCUGCCCGUCGACGCGGACGCCUGCAUCUUCCCCGAUGCCGACCUGUGCGCUUUCACGUUGCUCAGCAACUUCAUCAUCACGCUGGCCCAGGCCCAGGGCAAGUGGUGGAUGGAGCUGCACGAGCUCCCGGCCCCCAGCCAGGAGCCCCCAGCGUGUCGGCACAUCAGCAAGGUGGGCUUCUCCACUGGCGCCCCGGCCGGGGGCGACGGAGACGCGCCGGCCUCCCGCUUCCUCCCCGUGUUGUGCUGUGCCUUGGCCCCCGGCUCCGGGGAUGGGCUGUGGUGCUCGGGGGGCUUCAUCCUGGCUGAGCCACUCUUCAGCCUGCUCUUCGGGGUGGACGCUGCCAUGCUGGACUCCCCCAUGAUCCUCGGUGGCUUCCCAGACGGGCAGCUCUGCUCCGUGCCCCUGAAGGCCCUCAGCGCAGCAGCAGACGCCGACACCAAUGCCGCAGCUGGCCCGGACCCACCUGUGAAGGUGCUGCACCACCUGGAGGAGCCCGUGGUGUUCAUCGGUGCCCUGCGCACGGAGCGGCGCGAGGCCGACGAGGCUGACGCCCCGCCGCUGCCACCGGGGGACGCGGACUGUGUGGUGGCUGUGGGGCACUACGGCAAGCUGGUGGCCAUCAAGGCAGGGCGCCGGGAGGAGGCACCGGCCCCCGAGCUGCGGGAGUACUACCUGCGUGGGCCGGUCCUGUGCGCUGCCUGCAGCAGCGGCAGCCGCAUGUACUACAGCACCCACUCAGAUAUCUCGGCUGUGGACCUGGAGUGCGGCAGCAACGCCUCCGACUCUGAGGACGGAGACGACGCGGCGGCGGGUGUCCUGCCGCCAGUCCUGGCUCCGGCCAGUUUAAGUAUUUGUAGCGUUGUGGCGCUUUCCUUGUCUUCGCGGGCAGCAGAAGGGGAGUCGGAGCUGUUGGCUUUGUCCGCCAAAGGCCGACUGAUGACCUGCGACUUGUGCAGCCCCGAGGAGGUUCACCCUGUCAGGCUGACCCCGGACAAGGCUGGCCAGAGGAUCAAGGAGCUCCUGUCUGGGAUAGGCAAUGUCUCGGAGAGAGUCUCGUUCCUGAAGAAGGCCGUGGACCACAAGAACCGGGCCCUGACCUGCCUGAACCAGGUGCUGGACGUCAGUGCAGCCCUGCUGUCCGGCCAGGACGGUGCAAAGCCCAUCACAUGCACCAUCACGGCUGCCUGGAGCCGCCUGCUGCUGCGCGACACCUUGAGCAUUUCCUGCAUGUUGGAGAACGCCAGCGACCACAGCCUGGAGCAGGGCUGGACCCUGUGUGUCCAGCUGCUGGCCGGCACCUGCGCCCUGGACGAGGCCACAGCCGAUACGGGCACCACGUACACCUUCCCUGUGGAGCAGCUGCCGCCUGGGGGCCAGCGGGAGGUGACGCUGCCGCUGGGCACUGCCGAGGAUGCCAAGCUGGAGCUGCCACUCACCGUGUCCUGCGCGCUCUUCUACAGCCUGCGGGAGAUCCUGGACAGCGGCCCUGAUUCGCUGGAUGACCUGUUCCCCGACGACUCACCCCUCCUCUCCCCGGACAGGGAGGGCAUCUGCCUGCCCCUGAGCGAGUGCACCAUUGACAUGCUGCAGUGCCUGCGGGUGGGCGAGGCCGCGGGACCUGCCUCUGCUCCCGACCCCGUGGAGGCCUUCUUAGAAACAGCCGGGGUGCCGGCCGAGUCCAAUGCCAUGGGUGGCAGCAACGGCCUGGGAGACGAGUGCCUGGUGCCCUCGGCCGCCUCCAUCAAGGUGUCCUCAGAGUUGCUAAAGAGCGCGCUGAAGGACUUCUCCGUGGGCGCCGCGCUAAGCUGCGCCACGCUGCGGUGGCUGCUGGCGGAGAACACGGCGGCCGAGGCGCUGAGCAGCCAGGACGUGUCAGAGGUGCGGGGCCUGGCCCCAGACGGAGGCGAGGUGCAGCUGCUCAUCCGAGAGGUGGCCAUGAACGACCUGUGCCCGGCAGGCCCGAUCCAGGCCGUGGAGAUCCUGAUCCAGAGCUCCUCUCUGGCUGACCUGUGCGGGGUGCACCAUGCCGUGAUCGGGCGCAUCCAGGCUCUGGUGCUGGAGCAGGCGGCUCAGGGCUCAGGCCCGCCCGACCUCCGCAUGCAGUACCUGCGCCAGAUCCAGGCUAACCACGAGACGCUGCUGAAGGAGGCGCAGGCCCUGCGGGACCGUCUCUGCCUCGGGGACGAGGCGAGCGCCACAGCGGAGAAGCUGCUGAGCAUCUACCAGCAGCUGCGCAACCCCAGUCUCGUCCUGCUGUGAGCGCGGCGUGCCCGGGCGGGCUCCCGGGACGGCUCCGGUCAGCCCCGCGCCCUGCCAGGCCCCCCAGCCACCGCCAGGGUGGAGCUGGGCCCGUGCUGACGACCUAGGGCUGGAGAGAAGGUUGUGCUGGGAAGACGAGGGGGGUGGGGGUGGGGUGCAAGGGCAGGGCUGAGGGCUGGUGUCCGUGCGUGUGCGUGUGUGUGCCUGUAUCGUGGUCGUGGUCCAAGCAGCACAGGGGGUCCCUGGCGCCCGUCCCGAGCUGGCGGGGCCAGGGUUCGGUGUCGUGGAUUGUGCUCGUGACGCUCGCGUUCCUAUGGCAGUCGCUUCGCUGCGCGGUGACCGGAGCGGGGCCGGAGCCGCGCCGGCCGCCCCCCUCCCUCCGCCAAGGGCUACGCUUCCCGGCGCUGUGGCCGGAGCACUGGGCAAACAGGGUGCCUGCGCGGGGUGCUGCCAUGCGGCCCCCUCCCCUGCUGGGCGCUGGCUGCAGGCCCACGUUUUUUACCGGGGGGGCUAGGGCCGAGGGCGGGGGGGUGGAUUUUUCGAUAUCUGUCAUUUCUAUAAAGGAUCUGCCUCGUAUCUGCGGUGCCACCCGGCCUCAACUCAGUUCUUGCCCUCCCGGGUCCGCGGCUCCGUCGUAUGCUUCUCCUUCGCCGCAUGCCCAUCUUGCCAGAC